AUGGAGAAGCAUGUCGACAAGGCCAUCUCCCAGUUUCUUGCCCAGUUAGACAAGCCGCUUCGUCAAUGGGCCGAACGCAGGAGCAGCGUGUCAGCUCGAGCGAUGGUUUCUGUAUUGUCAGUACCCAGCCUUGACGCCGAGAAACCGGGGCUUUCGCUGACCAAGAUUUCAGUUGCGUGGGACGUCGUCGGCGACAUCACCUUCAGCCAGCCCUUCGGAUACAUGAAUCACGGCCGUGACUUUGACGGCACCCUCGCUGAUUCGGAAAUGGCGAUGAACUACUUCGCAGUCGUCGGCCAGAUUCCCAUAUUAGAUUUUGCCGGUGCCCAAAACCCGCUGCUAAAGCUCGUCUCGAAAGCGCCCUUCACCACAGCUAACGCUAUUGCGCGCGGCCAUUUGGUCAACCGACUUGCCGGGAAUGACAAGGACACACACGAUCCAGGCAUGCCCGAUUUUCUGGAUGGAUUUAUCGAGGCGCAAAAGUUAUACCCGGAAGUUGUCUGCGAUGGACAGAUCCAAUCAUAUCUCCUCAUCAACCUUAUCGCAGGCGCUGACACAACAGCCAUAUCGUUGUCUUCCGCGAUUUACUUCAGCCUCAAGCAUCCCAGCGUGUGGACUCGACUUGAAGAGGAAGUACUGGCCGCGGACCUACCAGAUGACUACCCCGCCUCUUACAAAAAGUCCCGCACCCUUCCUUAUUUGAACGCAGUCAUUCGUGAGUCCAUGAGACUUCAUCCCGGUGUGGGCAUGCAUCUAGAGCGGUACGUACCCGCGGGCGGCCUGCCGUUGCCUGAUGGAACUCUUGUACCGGCCGGUUCCAUGGUCGGGAUGAACCCGUACAUCGUCAAUCGGACAGUGGUCUUUGGUGAGGACAGUGGCGAGUUCAGGCCUGAAAGAUGGCUACAGAGUCCGGGAGAGAGUACCGAAGAGUACGAGAAGCGACUUGUCAAGAUGAAUGAUGCCGAGCUCUCCUUCGGCGCUGGAAGCCGGAUCUGCGGUGGGCGGCACAUUGCAAAUCUGGAAAUUUCCAAAUUGAUUCCUACGUUGAUCAGACGAUAUCGUAUUGAAUUGGUUAAUCCUAACGAGGAAUGGGUUGUAAAGAAUGGAUGGUUCAUGAGACAGACUGGGGUCAAUGUCAGGCUACAGCGCCGAUAA